AUGACUGUCACCUACACAGCCAGAGUUGCAAACGCCCGUUUCUGUGGCUUCUCCAAGCUGCUUUUGGCCUGGAAAGGCAGCAUCUACAAGGUGUUAUAUAAAGAGUUCCUGGCUUUCUUUGCCAUGUAUACCGCCAUCAGCAUCACUUACAGAUUUGUCCUGUAUGAUGAUCAGAAGAGGUAUUUCGAAAAGCUGGCAAUUUAUUGCAACCACUACGCCAGUCUCAUCCCCAUGUCCUUUGUACUGGGUUUCUAUGUGACCCUGGUGGUGAACCGGUGGUGGAGCCAGUACACCUGCAUCCCGCUCCCUGACACGCUCAUGUGCGUCCUGUCUGGGGGCCUCCAGGGGAGUGACGAGAGGGGCCGCCUGCUGAGACGGACCAUGAUGCGUUACGCCAGUCUGUCGGCCCUGCUCAUCCUCCGCUCUGUCAGCACGGCCGUGUUCAAGCGUUUCCCCACUGUGGACCAUGUGGUGGAGGCUGGAUUCAUGUCAAGAGAGGAACGAAAGAAGUUCGAGGGCCUCCACUCGCCUUAUAACAAAUACUGGAUCCCCUGUGUUUGGUUCACCAACCUGGCGGCUGUGGCCCGCUGUGAGGGCAGGAUCAAAGACGAUCACACACUCAAACUACUGCUGGAGGAGCUGAAUGCGUUCAGAGGGAAGUGCAGCAUGCUGUUUCAUUACGACAUGAUCAGCGUUCCUCUAGUCUACACUCAGGUGGUGACUUUGGCAGUGUACAGCUUUUUCCUGGUGUGUCUCAUUGGUCGCCAGUUCCUGGACCCCAGUCAAGGCUAUCCAGGUCAUGACCUCGACCUCUACGUGCCCAUCUUCACCCUGCUGCAGUUCUUCUUUUACGCCGGGUGGCUCAAGGUUGCAGAGCAGCUGAUCAACCCUUUUGGAGAAGAUGAUGAUGACUUUGAGACCAACUGGCUGAUAGACCGAAAUUUCCAGGUGUCCAUGAUGGCAGUUGACGAGAUGUAUGGAGAUCUGCCGAUGAUGGAGAGAGAUCGUUACUGGAACGACUCCAACCCAAGACCCCCCUACACCGCCGCAACUCUCUUUGUCCUCCGCAAACCCUCCUUUCAGGGGUCCACUUUUGACAUGGCGAUCCCGAAAGAGGAGAUGCACUUCCAGCCUAUGGAGGACAUUGCCGAGAACCUGGAGGAAUCACGCAGUCGUCACCCCAACAUGGCCCUCUUCAACCGCCUUCUCAACGCGGCCCCUUCCCCCACCGGUUUCAUGGGAGGGGCUCUUCGCCGCACCUCAGCACAACUCCAGAGACUACGCCACUCCCCCAGCAUUGACCAAUGCAGCGAUGAUUCAGACGAUGACAGUGGUAAAAUAGGUAAAGGUGGGUCUCUGCCGUCAGGGCUGGGGCAGGAAACCCAGAGCACCGUGGACAGUUUCAGGGAGGAGAAGAGCACUAGAACGCCUCUGCUGGAGGUUGAGUUUGGGGCGGAACAGGAGAGGCGAGAAUGGUACCCUGCUGUUGAUGAGGAGGAGGAAGUGAGUGGAGUGGAGGGGAAGAGUGAGGAAGAGUGGCAGAUGGGGGAGGAAAGAGGGAAAGUAGAGAGUACAAGGGGGGAAACCCAAGCUCCUGCGUCUCUGCUUCCUCCCCCUCCCCAGUCCUCAAGAAAGGCGUCCACUCAAUCAACAUCCGCCAUCCCCUUCGCCUCCCGUCAACCCUCUGCAUUCCUGUUUCGCCCGGCUGCCCACUCCAGUAUGGAGCACUGCAGCUCCCAGCCGGCUAUUAACCAGAACAGAGCCGUGCCCAAACCACCCGUUGGUGGAAACAAAAUGUCCCUCCUCACUGUGCCGUCUUGCGACGAACCGCAGCGUUUUCGCAGCGUGAGCAUGGGAUCAGAGCUCACUGGGUCUUAGGUGGACAAUGAUGUUCGCAUGAACUUUUGGCUGUUUGAAACCAUAAUGCUUGAUUCAGUGCACGUUUUCACGAGAGAAAUUAGUCAUAGAUACGAAACUCUGCUUCCACUUUUACUUUGAAUCUGCAGCACAUUUUGAGCAGAAUUUUUGGAAAUGAAGCUCCCAGUAUUUCCAAAAUAUCCUCCCACCUCACUGAUGAUGUCUGAAAGUCAACCGUGAACAGUAGGCCUACUAAACUACCACUUCUGGGACUUGGGAGGAAAGUUUGGUAUUUGAAGACACUAUUGGGAACUUUGAAGGAAUAGAGUGCUCCAGGGAUGACGUAAUUUUGUAGGCCAACCAGG